AUGAAUGAUGCGACGACUUCCCUGCUCACAGAGCACUUCAGUUACACACCUUUGUCUCUCAUAGAUGACAUUAUCAACUCGAUCAAUAAUCUGAUUUAUCAGGCAAUUUCAAGUUUAGAGUCCGGGUUGCUUGCGACACCACCUGAGCGCUUGGGAUUCGGACAUUCGAGUAACGGCUCGACUAUCCCAGACACCGACGAGGAUGGCAAUAUUAUUUAUCCGGAGGCAAAACUGGAGAUUGAGAAUGGGCUACAUCAGCUGGAGACUCUGCUCGAAGCCAAUGUCGACAAGGCGUUCGACAAGUUUGAGAUUUACGUGCUGAGGAACAUUCUCACUGUGCCGGAGGAUCUGCUGUCCUGGGUGCGGCUCAAACACUAUGAGGGUCUAUCCUUCGAAGCCUCCCUUGACAUGCCCACACCCGAGACUAUCCAUGCGCAGCGCAAGAAACUCCUCGAGACUCGGAAGCUUAAUCGGUUUUUGAAAGACGAAUGCGCCCAAAAUGCCGCGGUUAUUUCCCAGUUGAAGUCUAUUUUAUCUACAGUGGAAAGUGCAAAGACAAGCGACACUACCGACGAAUCGAAGACAAUACCAGCGAAGCCUCUGGACCUGUCCUUUUUGACAUCCAGCUCAGCUGCGCGCCAGCUUCGCGUCGGUGUCGAUGCCGGUACAAAUCCCAAGCAUGCCCCUCUUACGACAAAUACAACUUUUAUUCUAUCGCAGCUUCCGGCAUUGCAAGCUACUCUUGAGCAGCUUCGGCCAAAGUUGGCCAGUUUGCCGAACUCAGUGGAUAAUAUGGAGACUAAGUCCAAACGGGACGAACGGAAAGAAUAUAUCGAGAGCCGGAUCAGACUACACCUCGAGCGAGCUGGACAACUGGCCAUGGGUGACGACAGUAAUCCCGUGGUUGCGGGACGCCGGAUUGAUAUAUCCGAGGCCCAUGCUCUGGAGAAGGUGGCCAACUUGCUUACACAGGAGCACAAAUCGUCAUGA